GAAGCGUGAACUUGAACGCUGCUGCUGCCUGCUGCUCUCCACCCGCUCAGCGCCAGUCCAGGCAGAGGCCAGCCAGCGAGUCCGGUCUCGUCUCAUCAGCUCGGCGGAGCGUCGGUCAGUUUAUCGGAGCCGGAGCAGCUGGACGGACGGGCGGGGAGGGGGGUUCUGCUUUUCAGGACCCAGAAAGGUGCCCGACGAGUCGACGCGAUGUCCAGGCGCAAACUUGGGAGCCGACCGCAGCACCUGAGCGCCAUUCAAGAUGUCUGUGUUAUAGAGGAAGCUGCCCACCCGCCAGGCGACCAUCACCUUCCUCCUCCUCCUCUUCCACAGGCCCAAGCCUCAGAGGAUGACCUCCUGACCUGUGGGCAGUGUGGCCAGGCCUUCCCCCUGGCCCACAUCCUGGCCUUCAUCCAGCACAAGCAGGGUGGCUGCGUCUCACGGAGCCCCGGCUCCGGGGCCACUCCCCGGUCGCCCGCCGGUCGAGCCGGACGCCAGCGGGCCGCCGGCGUCGAGCCGCAGCCCGGCUUCAUCGAGCUCCGGAGAGGGGCUCACAGGGGCCGGUCCUGGGGGGACGAGUCCAGCCUGAGCGUGAAGGCGGACCUCAGCAAAUCAGGAUGUGAAGAGCCCGCCUUUUUCACUUGCUUUCAGUGUGACGGUGUGUUUUGCUCGGCCUGGGCGCUCCUCCAACACGCCCAGCACACGCACUCCUUCAGCAUCUACCAGGAGGACGAGGACGAUGACGCCUACACGGGAGGAAGAGAGGGUCUGAAAGAGAACAAGCCCGCAGCAGCCGUUCUGGACCCACGCCACCUGAGCCAGGCUCUGGCCUCCGCCUUCCAGCCUGCCCCCCAGCGGCGCUCGCGUCAGAACCAAGCCGCCUCGACGGGCCUCCAGGCCAUGAACUUCUCCGUGCGACUCCGGGAACUCGCUGAGGUGAACAACACAGGCCUCAGCUCCCCCAUGGCGCCUGUGUUGUCUCCGUCCUCGUCUCCGCCGGCAGCGUCGACGUUCCCUCAGUCUGGCGCCCUCCAGGCUGAUUUUCACUGCGAGCUGUGCGACCAGAACUUCCACUCGCUGCGCGCGCUGUCUGCCCACCGCCGGACUCACGCCUGCGAGAGGCCCUAUCACUGUGGGGUGUGUGGGCAGGCCUUCGCUCAGAGCGGGCAGCUCGCUCGCCACAUCAGGAGCCACCACCGGGAGGCUGCAGGCGGAGGAAGUGGGUGCGAGUCGGUAGAGGGGGUUCUGAUGGAGGAGGAUAUUGGGAGGCAGGGGGCCCGGGGAAGGCUUCAGGGGCCAGGGAUGAUGGGAAAAGAGCUGGAUGUGACCCUCCCGAAGCACCCGACCGUAGCGUCAGGCCUGAUGCUGUUGAACUCUCAUCUCAGACCACCGGACAGGGAGCUACUGAGGCUAUACCCGAACCACAGAGCCGGAAGUGAGGAGGCGGCCGAGGGGCAGGGCGAGCCGCAGCCUGCGUCGCCCUGCGCCAGCCCCUCCGAAGGCUCCCUAGAGAGCGGAGAGACGGGAGGAAGCGGGGAGAGCGGCAUUGCCAGUGGCAACUGCACGCCCAAACGCCCGGAAAUGGGCGAGAGAGCGCGGGGGGUUGGAGAGUGGGAGAACGAACAAGGCGAACUCGUCGAGAGGGAGAAGGAGUGGGCUUCCGGCAUGCAAGAGUGGCAGAGAGACUUUGAGCGGCGAAGCGCUGCAGGAGGCGCCAUCGCCGGGGCGAAUGCCAGCUCCACUCCAGGUUCCACUGGGAAGAAGAAGAAGGAUGAGGCCUGCGAGUUCUGCGGUAAGCAGUUCAGAAAUAGCAGCAACCUGACUGUGCACCGCCGAAGCCACACGGGUGAGCGGCCGUACCGCUGCGGCCUCUGCAACUAUGCCUGCGCCCAGAGCUCCAAGCUGACUCGCCACAUGAAGACCCACGGUGCCCAGGGAGCCAAGGCCUCCUUCCUAUGCCAGCUGUGCGCCGUGCCCUUCACCGUGUACGCCACCCUGGAGAAACACCUGAAGAAAGUCCACGGCUUGAGCCACGCCAAUGUCGGGGCGUACGCGCAGGCCAGCGCCGCAGAUACCUUGGCCGCUUUGAGAGCUGGAGAGGAAGCGGUCGGCGGGGCGGUGAAGAUGGAGGAGGACGAGGCGGGUCUGGAGAGCAAGGCUCAGGGAUACGCAGACAGAGACAUGGAGGUGGAAGAAGGUAGAGGGAGUCCCGCAGCUGUGGAGGAUCUCCCACAUGAAAGCAUUGCUGAGGCAGGCCUAGCUUUGGCUUCUGCUCACUGAAUCAGGUUAAAGUCGCAAAGACGCCGCACGACUGUCAGCAGCAGGUCACGACAGCUUCCGAGGCCCGCUGCAGCCAGCACUUGUUCAUAAUCGACUGCGAAGCUGCUGGCUGAAACUAAGUGCCUACAGUUCUUCAGACCACAGAGAAAAACAAGUCCGUGACAUUCAGCAGGGAGAUUACCAUACCUCGUGAACAGGAAGUGCACUGCCGCAGUCCACACCAACACAGGAAACUGAUCACCAUGCUGCAGCGCAAAAUGCAAGAGAACUAGAGCGUUUCACGUCUGUAGCGACCCACUGGACAGAUGGAGACGCACCAACCCAAUCAGAAGAGAUUAUACUGUGCAAAGAAUUUAAAAAAGCAAUAUAAUGCUAUUGAGCACUGAUGAGUGUAGAGGUCAGACCGCGCUGUUCUCUGUGGAGAAGACCUUUUAAAGACUUUGGAGCCGCCGCAGGGCUAAAACGAAUCCAAACACUGACUGCCUGUAGCCUGUCACACACUUUUUAAAGGCGCUUGCUUGUCACAACACUUGUCACUUCAUGUUUACAAGUCCCAUGGGGCCGAGCGAGGCUGUGCUCCUGACUUUGUGAAUAGAUGCUGCAGUGGAUGUAAAAAAAAAAAGAGAAAAAAAAGUUUACACACCCUUGUCGAAACGCCACGUUUCUGUGACCUAGAAACGAUAAGACCGUGACGAAUCAUGUCAAACACAAACGAUUCAGCUGAGAACUGCAAAAACUAAAAAAGGCCCAAUAGCCUGUUUGCAAAAGUUUGUGCACCCCUAGUUAAAAGUUUGAAGCACUUUUUGAUUCAGUUUCAACAUUCAGUCUGAAUUAUUUGACAUCUCAUUUCCACAGCUCUGAACGCCCCUCAGAUUACUUUAACUCUGAACUUUGACUAGGCCGUUUCUCGAGGUUUCUGUUCUUCUGGUGGAAUCGUUUGACUCGUGAAUGAUAAAACCCAUCUCCACCUCCAUAGAAGAAGAGUAACCCCAGAGACAUGAUGGUGCCACCAUCAUGUCUCUCCAUGGUGACGCUGUUGUUUUGGUGUCAAAUCUACAUUUUGGAAUCGGGACCCAAAUGUUUCAUUGUGGUCCCAUCACACUUUCUCACACACAGAUUUGGGUCAGAACUGGAUGUUUGGAGAAAAAAACAGGUCUUUCGUUCCAGACACGAGGUGAAAACAGGAGGUUAUUGUCCCAGUCAGGUCAGAGGUUUCUGGUGUUGCUGGCAGCAUCUGGACCAGAUUCAGUGAAGGCCUCCUUCUCUAUCAGACUUAUUUACAGUCAAAAUAAUUACCCUAACCAUCUUUUAUUGAUUUAUUUUUACCAAUUGUCGCGACUAGUUUUGGAUGGAUUCCAGCUUGUUUUUGUGCCCUUCUCCUGACUGAUGCAUUCGUAGAAUCAGAUCUUUCGUAACAUUUCUGCAAACUGCGACUUCAGCUGAAGGUGUCAUGAAACUCCUGCUUGACCAGCUGAGCUUCAUUUACAGCUGAUCUCUAUAAUUAGUGUCAGGUGUGACUGAAUAAAAAGGUGCUUCAUGCUAAUGCAUACAGUUUAUCUCAGUUGUAUAUUUGCUGGCAAGAAAAUAAUCAUUCUUAGAAUCUUAAACUUGGUACUUCACCAGGAUGUGUGGACUUUUUUUUUUUUAUUUCCACUGCACAUGGAACCUUUUUUUUUUGUCUUUGCUUUUCUAAUUUUUAUAAAUGUGAAUACAGAGACUUUAAAGUCUCACCUGCUGAUGUUUUGUAAGAUUAGUUUCUAUGCAUAAAAAAAAAAAGCCAGCGAUUUUUACAUACAUAUGAAACGGGUGUGUAUCAUUUCCCCCUCUGUACUGUUGUGAUGGUAAUUUCUCUCUUCUAUCGUUUACGUUGGUGAGAGUGCCGGGCGGCCGCCUGAAGCCCGUGCAUGUUUCGUGGCCGUUUGCGUGAUUUCUGUUGUCCGACUUCGAAUUCUUCCUAAUUUAUGGCUGCUGCAUGCUGGCGGGUCGUUUGUUUCGCUGCCGGGGAACGUGAGCCCGCCGAGUGAGCACUUAGCGGGGUGAGGGUUUGGAAAUUACCAUCAACCUUCAUAAUCAACAUGUUGAGCUUGUGUUUAUUAUUUGUGACCACUUUUAAAUCCAUGUUGAUAUAAAAAUCAUAAAAAAAUCUGCUUUUUUUGACAUUAAAACCUCAAUGAAUUUGUCUACUUUUUUUCGUCAAUCUCUUGACCUCUGAGUACGUUCAGGUCAUUAAAAAUGUUUGUGCAUUUUGUUUGAAUGAUCGCAGUGUAACUGUUCAGGGAUGAUGAUGUAUAUAUUUUCUUGCUGUUCUUGUUGUGGAUUCCUGCUCCUGUUACAUGUUACUCACUUUCUUCCAGCAUGGCUGACUCCUUUCUUUUUAUGCCCAAAAGUGACUGUCUGUGCAAAAUUAAGGAUGUAAUUUUGUUAUUACCUUCAUGACUAAACCUCAAUAAAGAAUUGAGGUUAAAUGUA